GUGACGUCACUUCCCGGGGAAUGUACACAGAGAGAAUGGCGGCGGCGGCCGAGGACUGGGAGGUGGUGAGGGUGCGGGUCAAGAAGUGCGAAGGCCUGCUGCCUCCCGAAUUUCGUGCGUUUGCCGUCGACCCUCAGAUCACCUCCUUCGAAGUCCUCCAGCACAUCCUCAUCCGAGCCUUUGACCUAAGCAGCAAGAAGAAUUUUGCCAUCAGCUACCUGUCGGCGGAGAAGCCGGGCCAGGAGGUGUACCUGUCCCUGCAAUCAGACUGGGACCUGGACGUGGCCUUCAGCAGCCUCUCGCGAGCUCACCUCCAGCUCAAGGUCGACAUCAAGCCCUCUGAGGACAGCCCACUGCUAGAGGAUUGGGACAUCAUCAGCCCCAAGGACGUGAUCGGCUCCGACCUCCUCACGCCGGAGAAGCGGCCGUUCACCGCCUCAUCCCUGCCCCUCACGCAGUCGAUCAUCUCCCAGAAUGGGCCUCUGCUCCCCUGGGGGCUGUGA